CUCACUUCUAUUACUCCAGUUCUGAUUAAGCUGCGAGGCACCAGCGACGUGACUGUCGACAUGCUGGAAAUGAAGGAGGAGAGCCGGCAGAUGAUGAGCGAGAAGAAGGUGACGCUGAAAGAGCUGCUCCUGUCACAGCAGUACCGCCAGCCGCUGCUGGUGGCAGUCAUGCUGCAUCUCUCCCAGCAGCUCUCGGGGAUCAAUGCUGUCUUCUACUAUUCCACUGACAUUUUCAAAAGGGCGGGGGUCUCUCAACCCGUCUACGCCACCAUUGGAGCUGGGGUGGUCAACACAGCCUUCACUGUUGUUUCAUUGUUCAUCGUGGAGCGUGCUGGACGUAGGUCCCUCCACCUGGUCGGCCUGCUGGGGAUGGCUGGUUCUGCUCUCCUGAUGACCAUUGCUCUGAAUCUACUGGAGCAGCUCGAAUGGAUGUCUUACAUCAGCAUCAUAGCCAUCUUCUGCUUCGUGGCCUUCUUCGAGAUCGGACCCGGGCCCAUCCCCUGGUUCAUCGUGGCCGAGCUCUUCAGCCAGGGCCCCCGCCCAUCUGCCAUGGCUGUUGCCGGUUUCUCCAACUGGACGGCCAACUUCAUAGUGGGAAUGGGCUUCCAGUACGUCCAGCAACUGUGCGGCCCCUAUGUCUUCAUCAUUUUCAUCGUGUUCCUGCUCUUCUUCUUCGGAUUCACCUACUUCAAGGUACCUGAGACCAAGGGGCGGACAUUCGACGAGAUCGCAGCGGGCUUCCGCUCAGAGAAGCCACCUGCUGAGGAGCUCAACAGCCUGGGUGCCGGUGCUGAUUCCGAGCUCUGAGACCCCCCCCCACCCAAAUCCCAACACAUCCCCCCCAACACACAGUCAUACGAGACGGCAGAUUCCAACUACUGACAGACUCAUAAAAAAUGAGUGUCUCUGGUUUCUGAGGAUGGGCAAUUCUUCGUAUUGGGGGUGUAGGUGAAAAUGAUGUGAUCAGGACCAUUGUGAAAAUGUGGGCUUUUAUGGGGGGUUAUUUAAAGGGUGAAAGUAUCUGAGGACGAGUUUCGUUCAAUUGCUGUAUGUCUUGGAUUUUAUUUUCCUUUACUUUUUAUGGUGUGGAUGUCCUCUCUGCGCGUCUGCAGAAUCGCAAUAAGCACAGUUGGCACAUUAAGAUUUUUAAAUGUAAUCUGCAUUGUUUUUUUCCUGGGUUUUGCUCCAAAUUCGGACCUCCUGCUUUUCUGCUUCCUUCAAUAUGAGAUGAACCAACCUUUGAUGAUUGAAGAGCAGUGCUGGAUACCCGAGGUCAAUCUCUCACAAUCAGAUAUAAAUGCAGUGGGGGUGCUUGUGCAAGUUAGUGGAGGGGUCGUCCCCUAGGGGGCGAUCUUUUCAGUAACAGCAUUUGUCACAGCCCAAGUAUUUUUUCAGUAUUUUUUUGUUUACCUUAAUAGAAAUCCAGAGUUACUGAGAGGUAUUUAUUGUAGUCUGAUUGUAUUUAUUGCACAACUUUUAAUCUUCAAAAGGCUGUUUUUAUUCUAAGAAAGUUAUGUAAAUAUUCUUUUUUUAUAUAAGAUGCUGUUUGACCGUGGUAGUUUUAUGAAUUUGAAUACUACUUAGUUUUUUAAAAUUUUACAUUUUUGUUAGACCUAUCUAUUUGCUGUAGUGUCUCCAUUCAGAUAUUAGUCAGAAAAAUAUCCAGAAGACUGGUUUCAGUUGCUGUUCCGUUUUACGGUGGAAGCCCUUUACAGUAUCAUGAGAUACUCCUAUGUUACACAUCCGAGUAGUUGUCUUAGUGAGCAGCCUUAUGACGGUCAUCCGACUGGAUUUUUAUUUAAAUUUUUUUGUCCACACCCGGUACGAAUCCUCUGCAAAGUUACUGAUUUUAACCCCCUCCACUCCCCUGGAAAAGUCAGUGCAAUAAUUACGUUGUUAAAAUAAGGAAGUUUUAAUGUUUAACGUCGUAAAAUGUUAGUGUUGUGAAUCAGUUCAGCUCAAAAUCACCAGCAGAAAUAGAGGGCACAUUCCCUCUUUGCUGUGCUUGAAUGUAAGCCCUCUCCGUACUGGGCUGGGGCAUCUUAAACAGGGACCAAUGUACAGCAGCAGUUAAAGCCUAUCAUCUGCUAGGAGUAAGUACUUCACUCACCAGCACUGAUCCCAGGUCAGUGUGCAGCCUAGCAUGUUUGAAAGCUGCACCGAGCACCUUUAUGAAAUGGAUGACAUUGUACAGAUUUACACUAGAAGAAUGUUGCCCAGACAAAGUGUUUCUCACAAGAAUGUGCAACGAAGCAACUGAAUUGGAUUAUUUUCCAAACUCGUCUUUGCAAUAUUCGAUUUUGAUAUUUAUAAGCCAUUUAUCUAAUAGUUUAAAGGAUUUUCCCCUCCAUACGGCUCUGGAAAAAAAUUGAGACCACAGCAUAAUUUUCAGUUUCACUCAUUUCUCAAUUUAUUUGUAUGCAAAUGUGUAAAAGAUGUUUUUUUUUUUUUGCAACCUCCAGCCAGGCUCAUCCCUG